CAGCAAAGCAUGUGACUUGAUCCUCUACCACAUGCACAAACACAGCAAGCUAGCUAGCUAGCAGAGUUAUAUUUUUGGUGCAGUAGCAGCAUGGAUACCACUUGUUCCCCUCCACAAGACAGUGAGCACCGCAGAGAAAUGAGUGCUUCUCCCAUCUCCCUCAAUGCAAACAUCAUCUCCAACCCUGCACCCCCUCCACAAAGGAUUGAAAGCCGAGCAAAGCAACGAUGCUUCUACGCUGUAUCCAUUGUUUUACUUCUGGGGGUGCUUCUAGCCAGUGUCUGUUCGUUUACAUUCUUCAUUAUAAUCGAUAUCGAGAUCAAAAGCAAUCGUUCAUUCUGGGAGACAUGCAUAUUAUUUGUAAACCAGGAGGACUUGAGUGCUGGUACAUGGUCAUGUGAUGCAGUGCUGGGAGUGAAGAGUCUGGUGAUGCUUGUCACCUUGAUAAUGGUCCUGUUGUACCUCAUCCUGAUGUGCAGAGGAGAUCCCAUAUUAUCCGGAUGCCGUUUUCUUGACAUGAUUGUGUUUGUACUGCUAGCUGUGCUCUCUGGUGUCGCUGGUAUCAUCCUGAGGAUCGGUCUGCAUAGCACAUGCACUAACAGUGACAGAUGCAGGGUCAAGAAACCACUGGAUUUCAAUACAUUUCUUACAGCUUCUGAGUACAUCUCAUUUGGAGUGGCAGUUGUCUACCUACUGCUCUUCUUCUGGGCACUAGUGAUGCUCUUCAUGUACUGCACCUGCUCGAAGCAAGCAAGUCCUCCUAGUGAAGAACGAACUCGACUCAUUAACGUGUACUCUUCAGUUAGAAGUCCUUUUAGUGAUACACACAGAUAAUUUCAUUUGCAUUGUUUAUCAAAUGAUUUUGUUGCUUUG